UUUACAAUUUACAACAUAGGAUGGUAAAAACAAAAAACUGAAAACAUUUGAAUAAAACAGAAAUAUGGCGUUUAUUGCAGCAAUUCUUCAAAAGUUCAAACAUUUUCUUUCAAAUACAAUCGUGCCAAGUGAGAAUGGGUUCAUCAGCAUGUUGUCUUCUCUUUAUUCUCCCUCAUUGCACAUACUAACAGUCAUUUUGGCCCUGGUGCUAAUCUAUAUCUUGUUUACCCAACCAAGGUCAUCUAAAACAACAUUUGUAAAAAGCUCUCCUAAAUCUACAGCAUCUAAUAACGAGUCGACUUCUGUACAUGACCUAGCCUGGCUGAACAAAAUCCUAAGCUGGGCAUUUGUAACCGCUCCUCAGGGGUUGCCACCAGUUGUCGAUACAUGGAUACAAGAUAUAAACAUUGCAUUAGCUAAACAAAAGAAUAAAUUUGGAGUAUUAGUUUAUGGGUUGAGAGAAGGUUCUGCACCACCAUGGAUAAAACAAGUGGAGGAUUUGAAGAGAAAGAAUAAUGAACUGGUUGGCAAGGUCUUACUUGAGACGUCAGAAAUGGGAUUUUUAAUCACAGUCCAGGAAACUCUCGGAUCCAAAGUUUUUUCUUCAUCUUAUUCAGCCAUCUUUGUUCAGUUUCAAUGCUGGUUUGCAGUGAAAUUUGUGAGACAUCAUGGCAAUGUAGUGGUCCAACUAUCUGCAGCUGAAAAGAGUCCAAUACUUCACAUUAAGAUGAAACCACUUACCAAACAAACACUCGUGUCUACAUUUCUCAUACAGACGAUAGCUGAGGCAUUGAAAGAUGUGAUUCUUAGCUCCGUCUUUUUCCUCAAUGUAAGCACAUGGGAGCCAUUGUCACAAAACAUGAGUUCGGCUCACGAAGAAGAAGAGAGUUGCUAUGGCGACAGUGAUGAUGAAACUACAUACAAGGAUGUAAAUGAACCACCCAACACACCUCGAAUGGUUGGUCGCAGCCUCAGUGAUGGUUUAGUUCUUGAUGGUCCAACUGUUAUUAACCGAAACAAAAAGUCUUUCGAACAUAUGGCAGCAAGUGUCCCUGGUUCUCGAGCCAAUACACCAAGCAAAGAAAGUCUUCGGAAUCUUAGCAUGGCAUCCAGAGGACUUAGUGGGAGUCUGGGAUCACUCAGCAGCAUCACCAGGACUCCUUCUGGAAGAGGACCUGCUAAACCAAUAAGAGUGAGGGAAAAACAGCUUCAUGUCAAAGUGCUGAAGGUCAGUGAUAUACUUGGCAGUGAAACUUGCAAUCUACAUCUUGAUUCCCCUACACAGCAUAAGACUGCAAAACUGAAUGACGGAAAAUUGGACGAUCGAGUUGUGUUUGAUUUAAGUUCAAGAUCAUCACAGCUUGAAAUACAAAUCAUGCCUAAAUCUGCCACACCUUCAAAGACAAAUGUUGAACCACUGGCUAAAGCAAUAAUAUCAGUCGAUGCCAUAGACAUGGAAAAGUGCAAUAAAUUUGUCGCUCCACUGCAUAACUCUACAUCAGAAGAACCAGUUGGUUCUGUUCAAUUAGAAUUUGUUGUGAUGGAAAAUCCUCGUUCUACUCCAAUGAAACGUUACAGUUUCUCCACAACUGAUCAAAAACUGCUAAAUCAUGUCAACCAGGCCCUGCAAAAUAAUGAAAUCUUACAAAAACCUGCAUUUUUGGAGGACAAUAAACAAAGAACAUCACCAAGUCAUUCUGGAACAAAAGUUACGAAAGUAACCUCAACUACUGUUAAGAGCUUAAAAGAUGAUUCUAACAGCUCCAGUGAAUCUGGCAGUCCUGUAAAAAAAGUUACAGGUGUGUCAUAUAUUCAAGACUCAGUAGCAGCAAGUGCAUUAAGAGAUCUAUCUAAUUCUCCCAAACACAAUUUGAAUGUUAAGAAAACUUCAAUUUUGAUUAAAUCAGUGAUAAAAGAUCCAAAUGAAAUGAUUGACCAUGCACAAGCUCUCACUGUAAUCGAACCAGUUGAGCAAAAUGAAACAAAUCAUAAAGAAGAUUUAACAUUUGCUGAAAGCGCAAGCUCGGAAACUGAACAUAAUGGAGAUUUUGCGGCAAAUAGUUCACCAGAAAAAGUGAAUGUUGAAAUUCAUCCAGUUGAGAGUUCACCUGCCUUGAUGCAGAGUGGUUCAUCCACAUUGGAAUCAGAUGUUAAACUAAGAACAAAGGUUGGGCAAGUUCAACAAGAAGUUAAAGUUCGCCGAACGAAAAGUCUUAUUUUUAACUCACAUAAGAAGCAAAAGCAACAACAACGCAAUUCACUUGCUAUGGAUGAUAGUCAAGCUUCAUUGAGCCCAACUAUCAAUCAACUGCGCAGCAAAAAGAAAAGCGGCAGCAUGACUAAGCUUUUUUCUCGGAUGACUCGAUCAGGGAAAAAAAAGUCAAAUGGAAUCAAGGAGUUGGAAUCUGCAGAUGACAGCAUCACUGAGCUGGUGGAGCAACCUGGAAAAGAUCAGAGCAUCUUGGAAGACAAGCCAACUCAAAAUGGCAACCACUGUCCAGACUCAACAAAGCUGAAGAGAAGUAAAAGCCUCAGAGGUUUGCUGAGGGGAAAACGCAGUCCAAAGAAAUCUUAACCUUAAAUUACAUCAUAAUUAGUUGUUUAUAUUUAUAAAUUGCUGUAGAUUUUAUUUUUUAUGUCCAUUGAUCAAAUUCGUGCAGGUCCUACUUUAGUUAAAGUGCAUUGUGCACUCAAUUUUACACUGUUCAGAAAUUACGGUAUGCAGUUCUGUUUUGCACCAUAAAUUAAUGCUUUUGCUGAACUAUCAUGUAAUUUUUGAUAACAGCUGCACCACUGUCUAUACAUCUUAGUUUCAUUAUCAGAUACAUUAGUUAUCGAAAUGUUUACAAACUUUCAAAAAUAGUGUGACAUUUUCUAGUCCUGUUUUUUUUUUUUUUUUCGGUUUGUCCAACUGUUGCAUAAUAGUACAUCUGCGUUGGCCAAUUUACAUGUUAGCUUUUCACCAUCCUUAAUCUUUAAGUGCUUUGCAAUCAUAUAUGUUAAUUAUGCACAUAACUUUUCAGUGAAUGUCAGUGGUUUCUUUUCUUGUAAUUGUUUUCACAUAAUUAUAUAUAGAAUCCGCACAUACUCCAUUCUAAUGAACUGUACAUUAUCAUCAUGCUUUAUGUACUUAUUUUUUUUACUGUGAAUGUUUUUGCCCUGUCUGUUUAGUUAUCAUGAAUGCUAAUUACUUAAUCAGUUGGUUUACUUAUAAAUAACACAACUUCAUUACUUCAUUUACUAAGGUUCUAAUAAAUCUAGUUCGCACACAUCGAA